UGCACUGUAGUCAGUCCCCUCACACCUCACUGGCCAGGAAUGAGGAAGAGUUAUUUAGAGAGUGCAUGGGCUCUUCCCUCCUGGUUCUCUUCUUUUUUUAAAGCAACAUAGCCAGUAAAAUGCAUUUAAGUAGAUUAGAUGGGAUAAAUGUAUGACUUUAACCAUAACUUGCCUGACAUUGCUCGCAUGAGUAACGCAAAUGUGUUAAAUUCCGCGCAUGCGCACUCACAUCGCGCCCGUUAGCUAGCUGUCAAAAAGUUUUUUCCCCCCUCUUCCCCUCCUGCUUCUCUCUGCCGUGGAGCCCACUCAGCGCCGCGGACACACCGCUAAAUGUCUCCACGGAGCUUGCUGUUGAAACACCGAGCAGACCUCGUCGAAGUUCAGGUGGAGUUCAGGGGUUGUUCUUCGGCUCGGAAAUUCCGACUUCCCAGCAGCACCUUGACUGAGCAGCAUGAUUUCUACGAUCAACCGCCUCCAAGACGCGCUAAGCGGCGCCGGGCAGAGCUACUCCCUCCUCCUGCCGCAGAUCGCCGUGGUGGGCGGCCAAAGCUGCGGGAAGAGCUCCGUCCUGGAGAACUUUGUGGGCAGUUUGUUUUCUCCGACAGAGACUUCCUUCCCCGUGGUUCAGGAAUUGUCACUCGCAGGCCUUUAAUCUUGCAGCUGCAUUAUGCGGACGCCGAGUACGGUGAAUUUUUACACUGCCGGGGAAAGAAGUUCACAGAUUUUGAUGAGAUCCGCCAGGAAAUUGAGGUUGAAACUCACCGACUCACCGGAUCCAAUAAAGGCAUCUCUCCCAUCCCCAUUAACCUGCGGAUUUAUUCCCCUAACGUGCUCAACCUGACUCUCGUGGACCUGCCGGGCAUCACCAAGGUGCCCGUGGGCGACCAGCCGCCGGACAUCGAAUACCAAAUACGAGACAUGAUCAUGCAGUACAUCUCUAAGAAGAACUGCCUCAUCCUGGCUGUGACUCCCGCCAACAUGGACCUGGCCACCUCGGACGCGCUCAAACUGGCCAAAGACGUGGACCCGCUGGGUCGGCGCACGAUGGGAGUGAUCACCAUGCUGGACCUAAUGGAUGAAGGAACAGAUGCACGGGAAAUACUUGAGAACAAGCUGCUUCCACUACGAAGAGGUUAUAUCGGGCUGGUGAACCGCAGUCAGAAGGACAUCAACGGGAAAAAGGAUAUAGAGGCAGCCCUGAUUGCGGAGAAGAACUUCUUCCUGUCCCACCCGGCUUACAGAGACAUGUGCGACAGAAUGGGCACGCCGUAUUUACAGAAGACCCUCAACCAGCAACUGACAAAGCACAUCUGGGAAAGUCUGCCUGCGCUGCACAGCCAGCUGCAGUGUCAGCUUGUGUCCAUCAGUAAAGAAGUUGAAGAGUGUAAACUGUAUGAUAGCGACGACGCCAUCGGCAGGACCAAAGCACUCAUCAAGCUCGUGCAGCACCUGGCUGGCAACGUUGAGAAGUUCAUCGAGGGCUCAGCAGAUGAAGUAGACACUGUGAACCUGUCAGGCGGUGCGCGGAUCAACCGACUAUUCCAUGAGCGCUUCCCAUAUGAACUGCUAAAAAUGAAGUGUGAUGAGAGGAAGCUGCGGCAAGAGAUCGCCUACGCCAUCAGGAACAUCCACGGUGUCAGGACAGGUCUGUUCACCCCCGACAUGGCUUUUCAGGCCAUCGUGAAGAAGCAGAUCUCACGGCUGAAAGGGCCAUGUUUUGAAUUUGUCGACAUGGUCAGUAAAGAACUCGCGGCCACCGUGUAUGAGUGCAUCAAUAAGCUCAGCUCCUUUCCCAAACUGCGGGAUGAAACGGAGCGAAUUGUCGCCGCUGAAAUUCGAGAACAAGAGAGCACAUGCCGAGAUCAGAUCUCGCUGCUCAUCGACAUGCAGCUUGCUUACAUUAACACCAAGCAUGAAGAUUUUAUCGGCUUUGCUCAUGCUCAGAACACGUUCAACCGAAGCGAUAACAAGACUAUCGCAGGCAGUCCAGCACAACAGGGUGUGGCCCCUCCCUCCAGUCUAAUAGUUAUACACAAAGGCUGGCUCACCAUCACCAACGUUAGCAUCAUCGCCAAGGACUACUGGUUCGUUCUUACUGCGGAGAGCCUCUCCUGGUUCAAGGAUAAUGAGGAGACGGAGAAAAGGUACAUGCUUCCGUUGGACAACCUGAAGCUCCGUGACGUGGACAAGGGCUUCAUGUCCAGCAAAUUCGCCUUCGCUGUCUUCAAUACAGAGUCAAGGAAUGUCUACAAGGACCACAAAUUCUUGGAGCUGUCCUGUAACUCUCGGGAGGAGCUGGACAGCUGGAAGUCCUCAAUGCUCCGGGCCGGCGUCUUCCCUGAAGAUGUCAAAGUCCAAAAGCUGAAUAACGGGGCACCCGAGAACUUCACCGACCCCCAACUGGAGCGCCAGGUGGAAACCAUUCGCAACCUGGUGGACUCCUACAUGGGCAUUAUCCACAAGACCGUCAAGGACUUGAUGCCCAAGGCCAUCAUGCACUUGAUGAUCAACAGUGUGAAGGAGUUCAUUAGCUCGGAGCUCCUGGCCCAGCUCUACGCUGUGGGAGACUCCUCUGCGCUGAUGGAUGAGUCACCCGAGCAGCGGCAGCGGCGGGAAAAAGUGCUGGGUAAACACGGCGCCCUGCAGGCCGCGCUCGCCGUCAUCGGGGAGAUCAGCGCCUCGCACCACUCCGCCCCCUCGCACACCUCUCGGCCUUUGACGCAGCCCUGCAGCGCCACGCUCCCUAAAAAGGCGACCGGCGACAAGUCCCGAGCCCGUGGCCACGCCCCACCUGUUCCAGCACACGCCGGCCCGGCUUGCGUGCCCAGGAGGCCUGCUCCAGCCAUCCCAACGAGCACCAAGUAGGAGGACACGGUCCACCCCUCCCCCGGCUCGCCCUCCACCGGGAGCGUCCGCCACCAUUCGUGAGCCUGUUUUGUUCAUAGUCGCGUUGGCCGCAGUCGCAGGAAUGUCCUCGGCUGUCUGCUGACUUUCCUCAAGUGCCUGUGUAAAUAGA